CUUAGACAGACCCCUUUAAGGAGUUGAACAGAUAUGUCGGAGAAAAUGGCACAACGCGUGGUUUUGUUUCUACUGUGGCUCUUUGGAAGAUCAUCCGCAGGAUUUCCAAAUCAGAUCAAUAUCGGGGGACUGUUCAUGCGUUCCACGGUGCAGGAGCACAGCGCGUUCAGGUUUGCUGUCCAACUCUACAACACCAACCAAAACACCACUGAAAAGCCUUUCCACCUCAACUACAAUGUCGACAACCUCGAGUCGUCCAACAGCUUUUCAGUCACUCAUGCGUUUUGUUCCCAGUUCUCCCGCGGAGUGUACGCCAUCUUCGGAUUCUAUGACAAGAAGUCCAUGAACACCUUGACCUCGUUCUGCGGCGCUCUGCACACCUCCUUCGUCACACCCAGUUACCCCACGGAUAAUGAGGUGCAGUUUGUCAUCCAGAUGCGCCCAGCCCUCCGGGGUGCUGUCCUCAGCCUGCUCUCUCACUACAAGUGGCAGAAGUUUGUCUACCUCUACGACACAGACCGAGGUUUCUCUAUACUGCAGGCCAUCAUGGAGGCAGCUGUAGCUAACAACUGGCAGGUGACCGCUCGCUCUGUUAGCAGCACAACAGAUGCGGCAGAGUUCAAGCGCAUCAUCGAGGAGAUGGACAGGAGGCAGGAGAAGCGUUAUGUGAUUGACUGCGAGGUGGACAGGAUCAACACCAUAUUAGAACAGGUUGUGACCCUGGGGAAGAACAGUCGUGGUUACCACUACAUUCUGGCCAAUCUUGGAUUUUCUAAUGUGAGCUUGGACAAAGUCUUCGCCGGUGGAGCCAACAUUUCAGGGUUUCAGAUAGUCAACCCUGAGAACCCGAUUGUGCAGCAGUUUAUGCAGCGCUGGGAGCGGCUAGAUGAAAGAGAAUUCCCAGAAGCCCGAAACACUCCGCUGAAGUACACUUCAGCUCUAACCCAUGAUGCCAUCCUGGUGAUAGCAGAGGCCUUCAGGUACCUGCGGCGCCAACGAGUGGAUGUUUCUCGCCGGGGCAGCGCUGGAGACUGUCUAGCCAAUCCUGCUGUACCUUGGAGCCAAGGCAUCGACAUCGAGAGAGCUCUCAAAACGGUCCAAGUGCAUGGUAUGACUGGGAACAUCCAGUUUGACAACUAUGGCCGCAGGACCAACUACACCAUAGAUUGUUAUGAGAUGAAAACAGGUGGGCCAAGGAAGAUUGGGUACUGGAACGAGUACACGCGAUUUGUAAAUAUUAUGGACCCGCAGGUCACCAACGACUCCUCAGUGGAAAACCGAACGAUUGUGGUCACUACUAUUAUGGAAGCUCCUUAUGUGAUGUACAAGAAAAAUUAUAUGCAUCUGGAGGGGAAUGACAGAUAUGAAGGCUACUGCGUCGAUUUAGCAUCUGAGAUUGCCAAACAUGUUGGAAUUAAGUACAAACUGUCUAUAGUAAUGGAUGGGAAGUACGGAGCCCGAGACCCCGAGACCAAGACGUGGAACGGGAUGGUGGGUGAACUGGUCUAUGGGAGAGCAGAUAUAGCUGUUGCACCUCUCACCAUUACUCUGGUUCGAGAGGAGGUGAUAGACUUUUCCAAGCCAUUUAUGAGCUUGGGCAUCUCCAUUAUGAUAAAGAAGCCCCAAAAGUCCAAGCCUGGCGUUUUCUCCUUCCUGGACCCACUGGCCUAUGAGAUCUGGAUGUGUAUAGUGUUUGCCUAUAUUGGGGUGAGCGUGGUUCUGUUCCUGGUCAGUCGGUUCAGUCCUUAUGAGUGGAAUCUUGACGAACAGGAUGAGACCAAAGACCCACAGACACCACCUGAUCCUCCCAAUGACUUUGGCAUCUUCAAUUCGCUCUGGUUCUCUCUGGGCGCCUUCAUGCAGCAGGGCUGUGACAUCUCUCCCAGGUCUCUGUCAGGCCGUAUCGUUGGUGGUGUGUGGUGGUUCUUCACCCUCAUCAUCAUCUCCUCCUACACAGCCAACCUGGCUGCCUUCUUAACAGUGGAGAGGAUGGUCUCUCCUAUAGAAAGUGCUGAAGAUCUGGCCAAGCAGACAGAGAUAGCAUAUGGCACUCUGGACUCAGGCUCCACAAAGGAGUUUUUUAGGCGAUCCAAAAUAGCAGUGUAUGAGAAGAUGUGGUCAUACAUGAAAUCUGCUGAGCCCUCAGUGUUUGUUAAGACCACACCCGAUGGCGUAGCCCGGGUACGAAAGUCAAAGGGCAAGUUCGCCUUUCUCCUUGAGUCCACCAUGAACGAGUAUAUCGAGCAGCGGAAGCCAUGCGACACCAUGAAAGUUGGAGGGAACCUCGACUCGAAAGGCUAUGGUGUGGCGACGCCGAAAGGCUCAGCAUUAAGAAAUGCUGUUAACCUGGCAGUUUUAAAACUGAAUGAGCAAGGCCUCUUGGACAAAUUGAAAAACAAAUGGUGGUACGACAAGGGAGAGUGCGGCAGCGGGGGAGGUGACUCCAAGGUCAGCCUCGAUGUCACCACAAUCGGAACUCCUGUAAACCUUGCAGUAUUGAAACUCAGUGAACAAGGCAUCUUAGACAAGCUGAAAAACAAAUGGUGGUACGAUAAGGGUGAAUGUGGAACCAAGGACUCUGGAAGUAAGGACAAGACAAGUGCUCUCAGCCUAAGCAAUGUGGCUGGUGUCUUCUAUAUUCUGGUUGGAGGGCUGGGGCUGGCCAUGAUGGUGGCUCUGAUAGAGUUCUGUUAUAAAUCAAGACAAGAAACCAAACGGCUGAAAUUGGCCAAGAAUGCCCAGAAUUUUAAGCCGGCUCCCCCGACCAACACCCAGAACUUUGCCACAUACAGAGAAGGCUACAACGUAUACGGAACCGAGAGCGUUAAGAUCUAGAGGUUUAGGAAACAUUUCCAUUGUCCCUUACAACUGUGACUAAACAUAUAUAAAAGGACUGGAUCACGGGGAUUGAGCAUCGAGCCAAAUCCUCUCGGGCGGAUACGGAAUGAUAAUCUGCAAUGACGACACGACUGGACUGGUCAUGGGAAGAGCCAAUGCAGUUCCCUCCCUUUAGUGCCUUAUGGAACUCUGAGUCCAAUCAAUGCAACUCACUCACAAUGAUAUUGCUUUUUGCUUGAAACUCAUAUAAAACAGAAGACUGGUGCAGUGAUAUAUAUAUGUAUAUAUAUAUAUAUAUAUAUAUAUAUAUAUACAUAUGAAUAUAUAUAUAAAUAUAUAUAGUACAUUUGACAUGUUACA